CGAACAAUAUACGCCCUUCUAGAUGAUUUGCAUGACCUGGAUGCGUCAAUCAACAUACACCUCGUUCUCACACCCUUCGACCGUCAAUUGAAUACUUGGCGAAAUGCUGCACGUCUCUUUACUCGUACCGAAUUCGUCAUGAUGCUUGACGUGGACUUU